CCUACUGAAAAGGAUAAGCGCCUCCUGCGGAGGUACGGAACGAUACCAACCAGAGGAAACCUUCUCCAUCACCAGUUAGAGGGAAGAAAGUAUUUCGAUUCGGGUGACUUUGCCCUCUCGCAGGCUAAUAAGCCCUCCAACGUCGGCUCCGUGAAUACUGGCAGCGAACACCCCCUCCGGGAAAAUAUACCAUAUCCAUCAUCUCCCGUACCAAGCUCUAGCAACGUUGAUGAC